UCGCAAUAUACAAUACUAUCGAAAUAUAGGGACUUGAUUGCAAAUUUGGAAAAGAAAAAAUCUCUGGAAUCGCUUCCCUCUCACCGAGAGAGUGAGAGAAAGUGAUGGGUCCCUCUCACCUCCUCGAACUAUUCAUCACAUCCCUUUAAUCUGAGCGGUCCAUCUCUUUGAGCCAACGGUUCACGUUACUCGUGGUCAGUAGCAGCAGUUAUUAGUCUCCCUCUUCUUUCGCUCCCUUCUCAUAAACCCUAGAAUCUGCAAUCCGCAGCCACCUUCCUUUACGUCAACAGAUUUAAAUCGGAGGGUAAUUCAUCUUAAAAUUGAGAAUCCCAUCGCAAGAAAUUCGAGGGAAGUUUCUUCUCGGACGAAGAAGGGGGAUGAUUUGAUCAAUUCGCGGCAGUCGGAAAUGAUUUGAGAAACAUUUUUGGGGUUUGCGGUUGGUUGCAUGCUUGGAGGGGACUGAAUUGUGUGUCGAAUUGAGUUGGGAUGUCGAGUUUAAUUUGGGGAUUUAUCAAUUAUCCUAUUUUGUGCUGUUGAGAGUGUGAAAUUAGCUGAAGUCUAGCUAAUCAGUUCUGAUUCUGGUUCUUGGAGUAAUUGAGGGAGAGAUUUGAGUGCUACUGAGUUCAUAUUUCUUGAAUUUGAACGAGUUGCGAAAAGUGAAGUUAGUCGGUUUAAGCGAGAAAUCACUGUGCUUUGUGUUAGGCUAAGACGAAAGGUCUUUAAAGGCGGUUAGUAUCUAAUUCUGAAGACGAAAAUUGAUUCUGGGGCUUCACCUCGCAGGAAUAAGCGCAAGCAGAUGCCUUCAGUGGGAAUGAGAAGAAGCACAAGGGUGUUUGGGACCCGAGUUCUGCGUUCUGGGAGGAGGCUGUGGACGGAGCCUCAUGAGGGUGGGAAAAACGUGAGGGCAGUUCACGGGGAGAAUAAGUUCCCGGAGCUUCUAGACCACUCUGCUGAUGGUGGUGGCCGUCACCGGGAGCUGUGGCUGGAAGAUGAAACGGGCGCCUUACUUGAGGUGAGUGCAGAGCCUAAAAUAGAAGAGCGUGAAACGGAUGGUAUGGAUGGGAAAAAUGGGGACAGGAGGUUUGGGAUUGUGUACCUGAGAAAGAGAAAGAGAAAGAGAGCAGAGUUGACAACUACUGAAAUUGUAGAAGAUGGCCGGUUUGCAAAGAAGUAUGCGAGGAAACAAUGGAGGAAACGAUAUAGAGUUUCUGAAUCCUAUGGUGAUUUUGGAGGCUUAUGGUAUUCGCAUAGGACUCGGGGACUUGCUAUUGUUAUGAACGAGUCUUCUUCUGAUUGUUAUUACUGGGUUACUUGCUUCUUGACCACUCUGCUCAGCUACAUGACUAGGGUCAGAAUCGGAAUGAGGCAGUUGUCAUCGUUUAUGUUGUCAAGACCAAUGUGCGAUUCCUAUUCCUUACGUGGAAUGCUUUUUCUCCAGCUACCGAUAUUGCAGGAUCCUAUUACUGCUGGGAAACCUUGUGUCUGUAUAGUUACUGGAUGGAGAUCUACGAUGCCAUUGUUUUCUGUUAAUAUAUUUGCAAGCCCACCUUUCUUUAUGCACAUACAAACAAGUAUAUUUCAUAGAUCUGUGGGAUCAGAUUGCUUGCUGGACCGACAAUGUGAGAAUGACGAGGAAGUGAUAGAUUUGGCCGAUGAUGCUGAACAACCCUCGGUUCAACUUCUGAGAGACGACCAAGAAUGUGCUCAAGAAGCAUCUGAAAUGUCAACAGGAAGUGAAAUAUCUCACCAUAGCGUGGCAGCAUCUGAUAAUGAUACUCCGGGAGGGAAACUGUUGGUGCAGUCUCCUGUUGGAUUUCCUAAAUCUGGUCUUCGAAAUUUGCAGUUGAGAAACAGCCGUAGUAUCCAGAAAAGGCGGAGUUCUCUGAGGCGUAAGAGAGGUAGACCGCCAUCUGCUUUUCGAUCUCAGAAGGGUAAGGGUGCUUUAGCUUCAGAGCUUUUCAGGAUUAGACAUGACAGCUCCCAAUUCCCUGCCGCAUCUCCCAGUCGUCUACACAGAAGUCCCGAUACGAGGAGAUCGGCAACAAACAUCCGAGAGCUGAAAUCUGCUACGAGGGCAGCAACACAGGAUAUUUGUGCCUCCAGCUGUUCAGCAAACCUGUUAAUUACCGGCACCGACAAGUGCUAUAGGGUGGAGGGUGCCACUGUUUCUCUAGAAACAUCCGCUUCUAAACAGUGGCUACUCUCUGUUACCAAGGACGGAGCGAAGCAGUGCAGUCUGGUUGCACAGAAGGCUAUGAGGCCGUCUUCUUCUAACCGCUUCACGCAUGCUGUAUUAUGGGCUGGUGAUAGUAGUUUCAAGCUCGAGUUUCCUGAUAAACAAGAUUGGUUGGUUUUCAAGGAACUAUACAAGGAAUGCUCUGACCGGAACAUGCAGUCCGCCGCAGCCACUACCGCUAUUCCCAUACCUGGGGUGCAAGAAGUAGCCGUUCCCAAUGAUCCGUACGUCCCUUUUGUGAGGCCAGAGUCGUACAUUACUUUCAAAAAUGAUGAGCUAGUUAGGGCUUUGAUGAAGAAUACUGCCAACUAUGAUUUGGACUCCGAGGAUGAGGAAUGGCUGGGAAAACUCAAGAGCGAGUUUUACGGGGGAAAUGAGAGGCAAGAAUUUAUCACCUCUGAGAAUUUUGAAUUGGUGAUUGAUGCUCUGGAAAAAUAUAUUCACUCCAAUCCAGACGAGCAAGUAGAUGAGCAGGCAGCCUAUGAAUUCUGUAUGCAUCUGGAAAGAAAGGAAGUCAUCGAGGCUAUCUAUAAGUACUGGACUAGAAAGAGGAAGCAGAAACGAUCGGCUUUAGUAAGGGUUUUCCAGCUCUACCAGCCUAGAAGAAAUCAAGUAAUCCCGAAAUCUGUUUUAAGGAAGAAACGAUCAUUUAAACGGCAAGCAAGCCAGGGCGGGAGAGGCAAACAACAGCCUAUAUUGAAAGCAAUAGCAGCCGAACAAGAUGCUUUGCAGCAGAAAAACAAUGUACAUAAGUUGCAAGAAGCAAAAGCCGCUGCGAACAAAUACGAGGAUCUGGCUAGUCAGAAGCGCCAACGAGCCCAGAUGCUCAUGGAGAACGCCGACUUAGCUACUUACAAGGCAAUGAUGGCUCUCAGGAUUGCUGAGGCAGCUGAAGCUGAUGAAACCCCGGAGAGAGCUGCAUUGUCAUUCCUUGAUUGGAAAUGAACGAUGGCGCCAAUAAUUUGAGCAACGGGAGGACUAUGACAGCGGCCUCUCGUGCUGGCUGAUUCAGGGCAAGAAGUAUUGUAAUUUUGUAUAGAUUCUGAGUGAAUGUAGAUUAGUAUGAUUAUAACCUGACACCGGGAUCUUCUUACGAGGCUUUUGUUGAGGGCAAGAUUCGGGAUGUGGGAGGAAUAUACAAAAAAAAUGGGAAAUAUUUGAUGAUAAAUGGCCUGUGUGCGUCUUCUAUACUGGUGUUUUUUACCAUGGCACACAUCCAACAGUUGGCGAUCUCUGUAUUAAGUUUUGUAUAGUUUUCUAUUUCAUAUAUGCUUAUUUUAGGAUCCUUUACAUGUUUUGAGCUAUAAAAUCUAUAAUGUUUUUUGCAA